CUCUCCGGAGUCCACCUAGCCGUCCUUCGGCGGCGCCCGCGGCGAGCCCUCCGCCGCCCAUGAUGGGCUCUGUGCUCCCAGCUGAGGCCCUGGUGCUCAAAACAGGGCUGAAGGCUCCGGGGUUGGCGCUGGCAGAGGUCAUCACCUCCGACAUCCUGCACAGUUUCUUAUAUGGCCGAUGGCGCAACGUGCUAGGCGAACAGCUGCUGGAAGACAAGAGUCACCACGCCAGCCCAAAGACGGCCUUCACGGCCGAGGUCCUGGCGCAGUCCUUCUCAGGAGAGGUGCAGAAGCUAUCUAGCCUGGUGCUGCCGGUGGAAGUGAUUAUCGCCCAGAGUUCCAUCCCAGGCGAGGGCCUUGGCAUCUUCUCCAAGACGUGGAUCAAGGCAGGCACGGAGAUGGGCCCCUUCACUGGCCGAGUCAUUGCCCCAGAGCAUGUGGAUAUCUGCAAAAACAACAACCUCAUGUGGGAGGUAUUCAACGAGGAUGGUACAGUACGGUACUUCAUCGAUGCCAGCCAGGAAGAUCACCGAAGCUGGAUGACCUACAUCAAGUGUGCCCGGAAUGAGCAGGAGCAGAACCUGGAGGUGGUCCAGAUAGGCACGAGCAUCUUCUACAAGGCCAUAGAGAUGAUCCCUCCAGACCAGGAGCUGCUGGUGUGGUAUGGAAAUUCCCACAACACCUUCCUGGGCAUCCCAGGUGUGCCAGGCCUGGAGGAGGAACAGAAGAAAAACAAGCAUGAGGACUUCCACCCAGCGGACUCCGCGACCGGCACCGCGGGCCGCAUGCGCUGCGUCAUCUGCCACCGCGGCUUCAACUCGCGCAGCAACCUGCGCUCGCACAUGCGUAUCCACACGCUGGACAAGCCCUUCGUGUGCCGCUUCUGCAACCGCCGCUUCAGCCAGUCGUCCACGCUGCGCAACCACGUGCGCCUGCACACGGGCGAGCGUCCCUACAAGUGCCAGGUGUGCCAGAGCGCCUACUCCCAGCUGGCCGGCCUACGCGCGCACCAGAAGAGCGCGCGCCACCGGCCGCCCAGCACCGCGCUGCAGGCGCACUCGCCCGCGCUACCCGCGCCCCACGCUCACGCGCCCGCGCUUGCCGCCGCCGCCGCUGCCGCCGCCGCGGCGCACCACCUGCCGGCCAUGGUGCUGUGAGCGCCGCGCACGCGCCCCACGCGCACGCGCCUCCCCGCCGCCGCCGCGACGGACCCGACCCCCCGCGCUGCGCGCCGCCGAGGCGCCGGCUCCCCGGAACCCACUCCUGAUCCGUCUCGCAGAGGAGGACGCCGAGGGGCGACGUCCCCUUUGCCCAGGCCACCCGGCUGGUGUGGCUGCUACGCUGUCCUCUCUUCUUGAGAGUCGGUCCCCACGCCCGGCCCCAUCUCGGAGUGGCUCUCCUGCAGGGCCGCGUCCCCACGCGGACAUCUCUGUCCUAGAUGACAGGAGAAGGGGAACAGACGAUCUCCAAAGAGAGCUGAGUAGUUGGGAGUGGAAGAGAGAGCUACCUCCUUGGCCCAGAGUGGGCCCGGGGAGGGCGGUGCUUAUCUCUGCCUCCUGGGAAUGGUGUCUUGAUGUGUCGCGAGUGGAGGGAAUGCCGUUGACCCUUGGCUGUGAUUGGAGCCCUAAGGUGAUUAGCACAGACCUGGAGAGACCUGAUCAUUCGGGGCCCUGCUUUCCUGCAGGCUACUUUCCCUAGCCUCCAGCUCCCAGGGAAGGACAAGACGCCAAUAUAUUUUUUGAAGUGUGCUGGGCAGGUUGAGAGUGGAGUCACAGAGACAUUUACCAUAGCCCGUGGGCAAGACCCUGACCCUUUUGGGACUUCAGUUUCCCCAUCUAUAGAACGCAGGAAUUAGACCAGUGCUCCCUCUCCUAAAUCUCUCCUGUCUUCUGAGCUUAGGAAUGGAGAGGCACUCUCACUUCCACCCUACUAAGUCCCCAAACAAGAGAACGAGCGACCAUACAGGGCUGUCUGGAGCCGAGGUUGGCUUCUCCGCCCAGAAAGUUUGUCUGAGGUGCGCGGAGGGGGGCCCCCGGGUUUCUUCCCCACGAGCUCACAUUCCCACGCACUCCUGCCCACACCCUUCCCUGAUCUGUCCGUGGGCGCCCUCUGGUGUCAUCUCAAACCUUGUCAUUUACCAGAAUUCUCGUCCCCUCCAACACACACACACACACACACACACACACACACACACACUCCAUCCAAACACCAGGGCGUUUGUAAUAAUAAUUAAAAAAAAAACACACACACACAAAACUAUAAUAAUAUUAACAAAAAGUAUAACAUGUAUAGAGUUUUCAAGAAAGUGUGUUCUACUCCCAGAAAACGGUCACUUUAACUUUGUAAAUGUUUAUCUAAGAUGAUAUUUACGAAACUGUGAUAUAUAUUAUUUGAUUGUAUAUGUAAACUGUAAAUACAUUUGUACUUCUCUUGUAUUCUAAAAUAAAAAUUACUUGGAACAUGUAUCACUUGGC